AAAAAAAGUAUUGCAAAUACCAUUUUUUACCAAAAUGAUGUAGACGGCAAUGGUAUCUUCUUUUUUGUCUGCAUAUCAAGUGACGGUUUUGCCUAUAUAAGAGAUGUUAUCAACUUUUUGCCAAUCAUCAUCUCCUUUUCUUUCUUCUUUUUCAAAAGAAGACGUUGCCCCCUUUGCUUGUAAGAAGAGAUUGGAAUUCACCAUGGACCAGGAGAAGAUGUCCCAACAACCGCCGAAGAGGAAGGGGGGUCUGAAGACCAUCCCAUUUAUCAUGACAAACGAAAUCUUCGAGAAGGUUGCGAGCUUUGGGCUGAUGCCAAAUAUGAUCAUCUACCUUACAGAAGUGUAUCACAUGACCCCUGUAACUGCCGGUAGUGUUCUGUUCAUAUGGGGAGCAAUAUCAUAUUUCUUACCCAUUUUUGGGGCUUUCUUAUCUGAUGCCUACUUGGGUCGCUUCCUUGUGAUAGCAAUUGCAUCAGUUGCAUGCCUGCAAGGGAUGGUUCUUCUAUGGCUAACAGCAAUGCUACCCGGAGCAAAUCCCCCUGCCUGUGACCCUGCUGACCUUGUUCUCGGCAAGUGCCAGAGCCCGAGCAAUUCACAGCUCGCUCUCCUGUUCUCUUCUUUCGCUCUCAUCUCCAUAGGAACUGGUGGCAUUAGGCCAUGCUCUCUAGCCUUUGGUGCAGACCAGUUCGACCGGAAAGACAACCCUCAGAAUGAGAGGACCCUGCAGACCUUCUUCAACUGGUACUACGCAACGAUCGGGAUAUCCUUUAUCAUCGCAUCGACUGUCAUCGUCUAUAUACAAGAUAAGAUGGGAUGGAAAGUGGGUUUCGGUGUUCCAGUAGUGCUGAUGGCAUUAUCUAUCGUCUUCUUCCUCCUGGGUUCUUUUCUUUACAUCAAGGUGAGGGGUAACUCGAGCAUGCUAACCGGCCUUGCCCAAGCCAUCGUUGCAAGCAUCAAAAAUCAGCGACUAGUCUUGCCAUCAGAGACUGCUGAUUGCAGAUAUCAUCACAAGAAGGGUGGUUCGAACAUCAUGGUUCCCACUGAAAAUCUAAGGUCCCUGAACAAAGCCUGCAUCAUUAGAAAUCCAGAGGAGGACUUGAACCCCGAUGGCUCCGCCGCCGACCCAUGGAAGCUGUGCAGCGUGGAGCAAGUAGAAGUGCUCAAGUCGGUGGUGCGAGUGAUGCCAAUUUGGUCGACCGGGAUCAUGCCGGGAGUGAUCAUCAACCAGCAAAUGUUCCCGCCGCUGCAGGCGGGCACCAUGGACCGGCACAUGGGGUCCAAGUUUCAGAUCCCCAAGGGCUCCUUUGGCGUGUUUGGGAUCAUCACCUUGACGCUUUGGGUGGCCAUUUACGACCGGUUGAUCGUCCCUCGGCUGGCGAAGAUCACCGGAAGGCCCCGCGGUCUCAGCCUCCGGCAGAGAAUGGGGAUCGGGCUGGCGAUAUCAUGCAUUGCCACAGCUGUUGCAGCCACCGUAGAGGGCAUGAGGAGGAGAAGAGCAAUUGAGGAAGGGCUGGCAGAUCAUCCAAGUGCCAUAGUUAACAUGUCAGCAAUGUGGCUGGUGCCCCAGAACUGCCUGAGUGGCUUAGCCGAAGCUUUUAAUAUAAUCGCACAGAUCGAAUUCUACUACUCGGAGUUUCCUAAGAGCAUGGCCAGUAUUGGGAUGUCUCUGAUUUCACUGGGGUUGGGAGUUGGGGACUUGGUCGCGAGUUUGAUCCUGGAGCUCGUUGACAAGAGGAGUGGAAGGAAUGGAAGAGUUAGCUGGGUUGCUGCCAACCUAAACAGGGGCCACUUUGACUACUACUAUUGGAUCCUUACUCUAUUGAGUGUGUGUAAUUUUUUCUACUUCCUUGUUUGUAGUUGGGCGUAUGGCGAGGAGGGAAAGAAUAGGUUUCAUGAAGAGGAGGACCUGGUGGUGGAAGAGCUGGACACGAAGCCCGGGGAGUUGUCCGUUAUCCUUUGAAUUGCGUGCUUUUCGUAUGGCUCUUGUGUGCUUUUAUUCUAGGUAAGCUUUAGGACUAUAGCAGCUUGCCACUUGAACGUGUACAUGUACUUUGAGAAAUGCAAUCAUAUGGUUAUGAAAUAUAUUAUG